AUGCUAGUAAUGGAUGCGACAACGGCAUCUGUCGGAGUCAUAGUCAUCUCGGACACACACGGCGCUACGUUCCUGCCUAGGCAGGCUGGGCUUCCUAAGGUGGACAUCCUCCUGCACUGCGGUGAUCUUACUAGUAGAGGACGACUACCCGAGUACGAGAACACAUUGUCCUUGCUUGGCAGCAUCGAUGCGGAGUUGAAACUUGUGAUCGCUGGCAACCACGAUAUCGCUCUCGAUGCCGAUUAUUGGAAGGCUCGCGGGCUCGAGAUCGAUGGAUCGGAUUACAGUAGUAGCACCGCAGUAGCGGCCACGAAGCUCAUCAAGGGACGCAAAGCUCUGCAAACUGGCGUUGAGUUCGUACACGAGCGCGUACACAGCUUCAAGUUACGGUCCGGCGCCGAAUUCGUUCUAUACGUGUCGCCAUACUAUCCAGCAUCCGGUGACGGCACCUUCCCACACAUAGCGUAUCGGUACGAGUCAAACCAAGAUCGUUUCAAUCCCCCGGAGAAGGCCACAAAGUGCGCCGAAGCGAUUGUAAUCAAUCCCAUACCAGACUAUCCAAAGGUUGACAUAGUUAUGACACACACACCACCACUCGGUCAUCUCGAUCAAGUCAAUAACGGUGGCUAUCUUGGCUAUCGCAGCUUACAACGGGCAAUCGCACGUGCAAAACCAAGAUUAUACUGCUUUGGCCACGUCUAUGAAGCGUAUAGCGCCGAGCGGAUCACAUAG